AUGAUUGCCAAUGCCAGCGGACCUUUUCUUUAUUCUCAAACAGCACAUGCGGACCUGAAUGGUUCAGUAUGGGACACAUCAGCAGAAGGUGCACAGAACUUCCAUGGAGAGGAUGACUUCGGUUUUUCUUAUGGCCAGAUCACACCCACAGGACAGGACCAGAAUGAUGCCAUGGAUGAGAUGACCAGCAAAUGGAUUGCCACCGAGCAUGGACUGCCAUCCGCGGCAGAGCCCAUGCGUCGCGCCAGCUCGCGAAGCUCUGCAGGAAGCCACAGGAACAGAUCUGUCAAGACCUCGUCACAGAAGAGCCGUCCUCGGAUGAUGCCUUCUGUGUCGCAGGGCUCUCACAUGUCCCAUUUUGACAUGGCAGGUAACCCACAGAUGGACGCAUAUCUACUUCCGGAUUCUUCUGAUGUCCACUCCGUGUCAUCUAAGAUGUACUAUCCCGCACUCCCCAUGAGUGUCGGACUGCCCACGGACGGAAUCUCAUACUCUCCCGCUGUUCUUGCGCCAGGCAUGACGCACCAGCAUGUUGACCCUGCACAAAUGCAGCUAAGCUUCGAAGCGAACAUGGCAGGUAAUUCACCCACUACCUCAUGGGGCUCGCUCAGCCCGGUUGAAUCCAGGAUGUCGUCUCCUGGCGUCCACGAUGAUGCAUGGUCGCUUGCUGCUGUCCCCAUGGAUGCGUCGCCUACACACACUAAUGACUCGUCCCCAGUCAUGAACGGGAUGUCACCAAGCCGCAAGAUGGAAAUGAUGAGCGCAGAGGACCACAACGGACUCGUCCUCUCAGAUGACAUGUUUGCCCUGCCUCCAUCCUUCACGCGACGCCCCGGUGGCGACAACGAGUCCACUGCCCGGGACCACCCGCUGUACAAGAACGCGUAUCCCAAGACCGAUGGGUUGUUCCACUGCCCGUGGGAGGGCGAUUCCAGCUGCAACCACAAGCCCGAGAAGCUCAAGUGCAACUACGACAAAUUUGUGGACUCGCACCUGAAGCCAUACCGGUGCAAGGCCGAGGCUUGUGAGAAUGCUCGCUUUUCCUCUACUGCCUGCCUCCUCCGACACGAGCGGGAGGCCCAUGCAAUGCACGGCCACGGAGACAAGCCAUACCUCUGCACCUACGAGGGAUGUGAUCGUGCCGUCAUGGGAAAUGGAUUCCCACGACAAUGGAACCUGAGGGAUCAUAUGCGCCGUGUCCACAACGACAAUGGAAGUUCUCUCCAUGGAUCCUCCCCAUCCGCUCAUGGAUCUUCCCACUCGACCAAGGGUCGAAAGCGGAAGAACAAGGACGCAGACAGCUCCUCGAGCGCCCGCAAGCAUGCUUCUCGGUCUGCCCAGGCAGCUGAGGCCGCUGCUGCCGCUGCCAGGGCAGCAGAGCAGCCCAUGAUCGAUGAAUGGUACCAACACCAAAAGGCGCUUCAGUCCUACCUCCAGGACUACAAUACCCCCGACGCCUUUGACUAUCUCCAGACCAUGACCGAGGCCAGGGAUCACAUGGAGGCCAUGGGGAAGAUCUCGAAGAAGCUGCUUCUGACCAAGAAGCCAGCCCUUGCCCAGGAGGCUUAUGGGCGUUCGCACCGACAUUACUCUGGCUAA